UGCACAUCUUUUUCCAUUCCGGGGGGCGUUGAACCGCGGCAACCGGUCGUCAGGCUACCCUUCUCGAUUCCGGGUCUCAUGAGCGGCGUUCCGUCGUCAAUGUUUGGACGUCGGACGACGCCUGGAGCAGAACAAGACAAGAACAAGACAAUGUUGCUCGGCCGUUCUUGCAGAAGUCGUUUCGUCCGCUGGGAGUAACGACGUCGACGUCGUCUUUCGCAGGCUACGGUGACAUUUUUCUUGCCGGGCUUUGUGGACAACGGACUCAAACUGGCGGAAAUGGACGAACAAAGCGUGGAGAGCAUCGCCGAAGUGUUCCGCUGCUUCAUCUGCAUGGAGAAGCUGAGGGACGCUCGCCUGUGCCCGCAUUGCUCCAAGCUCUGCUGCUUCAGCUGCAUACGACGCUGGCUGACGGAGCAGAGAGCACAGUGUCCACACUGUCGGGCUCCACUCCAGCUGAGGGAGCUGGUGAACUGCCGCUGGGCCGAAGAGGUGACGCAGCAGCUGGACACGUUGCAGCUGUGCAGCCUCACCAAGCACGAGGACAACGACAAAGACAAAUGUGAGAACCAUCACGAAAAGCUGAGCGUCUUCUGUUGGACGUGCAAGAAAUGCAUCUGCCACCAGUGCGCUCUGUGGGGCGGCAUGCAUGGCGGCCACACGUUCAAGCCGCUGGUGGAGAUCUACGAGCAGCACGUGAGCAAGGUGAAAGAGGAGGUGGCCAAGCUGCGGCGACGCCUCAUGGAGCUCAUCAGCCUGGUGCAGGAAGUGGAAAGGAACGUGGAGGCGGUGCGGGGAGCCAAGGACGAGCGGGUCCGCGAAAUCCGGAACGCGGUGGAAAUGAUGAUCGCCCGUCUGGAUAACCAGCUGAAGAAUAAACUCAUCACGCUCAUGGGCCAGAAGACGUCCUUGACCCAGGAGACGGAGCUGCUGGAGUCGAUCCUGCAGGAGGUGGAGCAUCAGCUCCACUCGUGCAGUAAGAGCGAGCUGAUCUCCAAAAGUCCGGAGAUCCUGCUCAUGUUCCAGCAAGUCCACAGGAAACCCAUGCAGUCCUUCGUCACCACGCCGGUGCCGCCCGACUUCACCAGCGAGCUGGUUCCGGCGUACGACUCCAGCACGUUUGUUUUGGUCAACUUCAGCACCCUGCGGCAGCGGGCCGACCCGGUCUACAGCCCUCCUCUGCAGAUCGCCGGACUCUGUUGGAGGCUCAAAGUCUACCCGGAUGGCAACGGCGUGGUUCGCGGAAACUACCUGUCCGUGUUCUUGGAGCUGUCCGCCGGACUCCCCGAAACCUCCAAGUACGAGUACCGCGUGGAGAUGGUCCACCAGGCCUCCAGCGACCCGAGCAAGAACAUCAUCCGCGAGUUUGCCUCCGACUUUGAGGUGGGCGAGUGCUGGGGCUACAACCGCUUCUUCCGCCUGGACCUGCUGGCCAGCGAGGGCUACCUGAACAUGCAGACGGACACGCUGGUGCUACGAUACCAGGUGCGAUCGCCCACUUUCUUCCAGAAGUGCCGAGACCAGUACUGGUACAUCAGCCAGCUGGAAUCGGCUCAGAGUGGCUACGUCCAGCAGAUCAACAACCUCAAAGAGAGGUUGGCCAUCGAAGUGUUCCGCCAGCGCUCGUCGCGCAGCUCCUCGCCCCCCAACCCGAGGCUGGCGGUGGGCGGCGCCGCGUCCGAACGAAACCCUCGCGCCGUCAAGAGCGACGGCGACGUUCAGAACGCGCCGAGCGACGCCAAAAAGGCCGACGCCGGCAACCGAGACGAGCGGAGCGCGCACGACGACUCCAACCUGUCCGACGGUGACCUGGAGGCGGACUGCCUCACCGAGGAGGAGGCCAACCCGCUGGACGGCAGCAGCACCUCGGGGAGCUCCACGGCCACCAGCAACACCGAGGAGAACGACAUCGAUGAAGAAACCAUGUCAGGUGAGAACGACGUGGACUUCAUCGGGAACUUGGACGCCGAGGAAGGGGAGCUUCCCGACGACUUGGACGGAGCCUCGGCGAGGCCUCUUGUAUGGGCUUUAUUUUGGGAGCCAGUGCCGAAAGAAGGCCAGUCAUGCCCAGAACGUUUCGAGCGCUGCCUGCGACAGGGAGCGCCCCCCCCCCCCUUCACUCGCCAGCUGACUUGCGUUGGAGGAAGAGCGGCGCCAGCUCCUGUCUGCACCGAGUCCCUGUGGGGCCUUCAGCCUCGUCAUGCGGCGUCCCUCCUACGCGGCCAAGCCAGUCUACCCUCCAGGAAAGAGCGGGAGCGCCGUCCGCAGGUGGUGCGCCGCUCCCCCCCAGACUCUGCGGUUCUCGUCCGCCUCAAGGCGCAGAUGGCCGAGGUGCGCAGCAAGAUGUCCGACGUCAAGAGCCAGGUGCUGGAGGCCCGCGCGGCCAGCGACGUGAGACCGGGCCCGUCGGGAAUCUUCGGGGCCGACGGGGCUCCCUCGCACCGCGCCGACCCGGAGUCGGCGGACGGACGCAAGCCCCGUGAGCUGACGCUGCUCGGCAGGGUGGCCGCGGUUCGGUCCAGGCCUUGUCGUCCCGGUGAGAAGUCCCAAAGUAGUGGAGGACGUAAAAGCCUGCCGUCCGUCCUGGAAAGCAACAACGCCCCGCUGGGUCACCAGAGGAGUCCCGAGCAGACGGAGAAAGACUCGGAAGGCGCCGACAUGGCUGCGGAACCCAACCUGCAUCUCAAAGAGGCCGCUGACGGAGGCGCGGGAGCGACGGACGGCGCUCAGGUCUCCAGCGAGCAGCCGCCCUCCAAGGCGCAGCUGUACACGCCAGCGGGGCCCAGGGACGACAUCUUCUCCGGCGUGGGAUCCGGCUACCUGCCGGCCCCCAACAGCUGCGGCAGCAGGAACCUAGGGGCAGCCGUGUCGCACUCUGAAUCGGAAAGCUCAGGAAACUCCCACCAUUCCUUGCUCGAGGGACCAUCGGCACAGACACAGUCCAGUGAAGACCCGGCGCCGUCCGCCCCGGCGACGAGCAGCGAGAGCGACACCGAAGACGAAGACGCUCCGCGCGGCGCCAACUCUCGCUACGACAACCCGACUCUCCACUGCACAGGGGAGUCGCACUCAGAAGACAUGACUGCCAGAUGAUGGAGCCCUCACCUCCACCCCAACAAAAAAUUUGAAGGCUAUUUUCCACGAUUGCUACCAUCUUUGCACCAAAUUCCUGUUCCACUCGCCUGCAUGAUUUCGAUUCAUCGAAUCGAUUUUGUUUGUUUUUUUUAAAUCAUCAAACCUCUCCAUCUGUAAACAUCGUCAUCGUGGCGAGAGUCUUUCGUUGCAUCCUUGCACCGAGCAUCACUUUUAGAAUGCACGGAAACUGACGUUCGGGCUGCUAAAGAAAAGACUGUUUGCGCACUUUACAAGCGUCCAUUCCCUUUUUGUGCACUGAGCCAUAUUUGGUGUUUGAAUGACGUGACCCUCACCGAGUGGUUAUUUUGGACUUCCGGGAUGCGGUACGCGCACGUCUUGUUGCGAAUGGUCUGGUUUCGUUUGCGAUUUAGCCACGGGAAACAGCGCCACCACCUGGAAUUGUGAACUUGACCUUUUGUUUGUUGCCAAUGCACUGAUCCUUGUUUUUCACGUAAUAAAGGCAAUUUUAGCAUCGUCUGA